AUGUUAUUUGUUUACACUAAGCAUACUAUUUUUCUUGCUAUUUUAGGUCAACAGCAGCACAUGCCCCUCAACACCAACACUCGUACUACAGAUAAGCUUAAAUUGAAAAACCUAUCAUGAGCAAGCUUACCUAUGGUAUAGUACGUUUUCUUAUGUGAAAACAAAACAAACCAUAAGUCUUAUUGUCUUGGCAAAAAGCACAUUACAUUGAAUGAAACAAUUUAUUUCUUUAAUGCUAUUUUAGGUCAACAGCAGCUAAGGACUGCAGUAAAUGCACCUGCUGCAGGUAAACAUGAUUAAAUAAUAAAAUUACAAGAACUUGUUCACAUUAUUAAUAAAUAAGUAGCCACAUUCAGGGGUUUCAAUAACUUUAGUUAUAAGCGGCCAUUGAAGAUGUAAUAGGCGGCUGUGACCACUAAAGUGGCUGCAAGGCCCUUCAUUAAUGAAAUCCAAAUAGACGGCGGUAAGAAACCUUACAGGCGGCGGUAGACCGCUGGUAGCCGGCUUUUAUUGAAACCCCUGCACAUUAAGUUUUAAUAUGCUAUUAAUUACAAAAAAAUAACUGACCACUCCAUCAAUGGGCCAACAUAAUGAAACACUGAAGUACAUUGUAAAUAUUUGUAAAUUAGCCAAGUUAAUCCCAGCUGGCAAGAGGUCAAAUCAGGUGGCUAUAAAAGCCUGUGAUGAAUGAUUUUCUUGAGAACUCUGUUGGGUUACUAUUUCAACUGUUUCUUCUGAACAGUAACAAUAAUCUUGCAAAAGUAUGCAAAGUAAACAUAGUUAUAUAUUUAUUUACACCCCCUUUCACCCUGCCACCAGACACUCACUCUUGCAUUAAUACACUGACAAUAAUAUUAUUGCUUACUUGGUUUUACUAUCCCAUUUUACCACAGAAAAUGCCAGAGCCGAGCUAGGGCGGCUAUUUAAUUUCACUCCUGCAGGAAUUCAACGAAAAAGGAAAUUACCUACAGGAAUUAAGCUACCCAAUACGUGGACUCAUACAUUUGUAUGCUUAGGACGAAUGAGUGAUAAUGAAGUCCCAAGUACUGCCUACAAAUCCCAGUUGUCAGGUGCAUCACUUGGAGAGAAGAAGAUAACAUUUGAGAAGAAAUCCUCGUGUGGCUACUUUCAUGAAAAGCUGUUAGAAAGCUACCCAAAACUAAAGGAAGGAGGGGGUUACGAGCUGAUGCGUACAAAGUUCAGAUCAACCAGCAAAUUGGAAAUUUUGCAACCUAAAGGGAAUGGUGGGCAUAAUGUGUUAGACCUUAAAGAAAUGGUGUCAUCAGCUAAAAUCUAUGUUCGACCCCUUCAAAAAGAUUUAAGUCUUGAGCAA